GGAAUCGUGUACGAACAUGGCCACACCCGACGGGUCGAAGCAGAGCCUGCUGAAGAAAGCUUUUGUGGACCUGUUUCGACUUGGAAAGUCAAGACGCAAGUCCAGCGUACCUGCUAUCUUCCCAGUAGUCUCGGAGCCCAGUGACCCUUUGGAUUCUGUGGAUCCUUUGGACCCCCUGGACUCUUUGGACCCUCUGGACGCCGUGGACACUCUGCCGGCACUAGAAUAUGGUUUUCUAGAUCCGAAUGGGAAGAGCAUAAGGCUCCUAGAGAUAAUACCUGCACCAGAAUACGAGCCUAUUCAAGCGACCAUGUCAGUCUGCGAUUUGGACGAGAAACCCGCAUACAUAGCCUUGUCGUACACGUGGGACAAGCAGGGUGGUCCAACGAAGAAUAUUGACAUUGGUGGGGCCAAAUUUGUGGUUGGAGAAGGCCUGUGGAAUUUCCUCAAACAUUAUCGCAAGAAGGAUUUUCUCCGCCGUUGCUCAGAAAGAAAUCCACCCAAGGCAAUGUCUUUGUGGAUUGACGCCAUCGCCAUCAACCAGAGUAACACGUCGGAGCGCAAUCACCAAGUGUCGCUCAUGCGCGAUAUCUACAGUGGGGCGCAGUCCGUGAUAGUGUGGCUUGGGCUGGCUACCGGCUCCGAAGAGUUGGCGUACAUGCUUGGGCGACGUCCAAGCCUUCUCAGAAUUGAGGAUUUUCACCUUGCUCUAGCCGAUGUUCUCAACAAGCCGUAUUGGAGCCGUAUCUGGGUUGUGCAGGAAUUUGUACUAGCGCAAAAGGUCGAUAUAUGGUGUGGUGAUCUCAGUAUUGACGUGGCAGUUGUCGAAACCAUCUGGCGAAACGGACUGUCGGCUACUCCAAUUGCAUCCGUCACAAGGGAGAUUUAUGAGAGUCGCGGCUACCUGUUGUUCAAGUAUAGAAGAGACUUCAAGCACUCGAAGAAAUACAGAAGAGACGUCGUGGGCAGGCGGAACAGUAGGAGUUUGAAAUCCACAUUCCGGCUGCGCGACCUUUUGCAGGCAUUCGCAUCCUCGCAGAGCACCGUCGAGUACGACCGCGUGUAUGGCUUCCUUGGAAUCGCGUCAAAAGGCCGUAGAGAAAAGAUUUUGCCAGACUACAACAAAUCGCUGGUAGAACUGCUCGUCGACGUGCUUCGCAACCAAUGCCAUAGCGAUGUCAGGGGAGGCGACAAGGACGACUACAAAUUCUUGGCCUUUCUGAUGGAAGCGCUAAAGAUCUCUGGCGAGGAACUUGCUCGCCACAUCCUCAAGCUGUGCCCCAAAGUUCAACCGCACGUUUACGUUUUGACAGCAACGCCUUGCGUGAAGGCUUCGAUCUCGUUUGUCAGUACCAUUACUGAAGUGGGUGAAUUCGUCGAUUACGACGAGGCCUUCCUGCACAAGACGUGGACUGCAGGCUGGAGACGCUCCAGCAUGCACCCAAAGUCUUUCUCUAGCCAGGACAUUCUAGAUCUCGGCGAGAUUGUUACCAAACGGGAGACUGAUAUAUUGCUCAGCUUUGCCGACCCUCACACGCCAACAGGGAACCCUGGGCCCUCGGAGAAGUUGCGGCAGUCAAUGAUAGAAGAGUCGACAGAUCUCAUCAUUACCGGGCUUGUGAAGGCGAGCAUUGAGAGGGACGCCAGCUCGUCAGGCGCUACUCAGGCUUCUGAUGGCGGCAACAGAGUGGUACGCGACAUUAUCAAGCGGAGCAUGUCCAAAGAUGCAGCAGCCAUGUAUGCGGCCGCGCGAAAUAGACUAUGUCGCCGAGACACGGAUCAGCACCACGCGCACUAUACAUCGUUUAUGGGCGCAAAUAACAUUACUGGAGUUGCUUGUGGAGGAGGCCCAGGGUCGUACGAGAUCCGACCUGGAGACCGCAUCUGCAUGUUCGCUGGUAUCACCGACUCGAACAGCGCUUUCAUUCUCCGUCUCAGCCCGAGCGGGAAAUGGCUCAUUUCGGGGUUUGCAGUAAUCCUCUUACCGGAACUGCGCACGCCUUCGGUGCGGCGCACCGAGACCGAGACGACCAUGGCUAGUAGCACAGGUCCGCUCAGUCGGCAGCAGACGCUGGUCAACGACAUAGCAGUGUGCUUCCACUGCCAUUUGAGCGAUUUGCUUGAGCUCCAGCGAUGCCAGCUUCUGAGCGAAGUGCAAAUGCACCACCUGUUGGAACAGACUUUGCGGAGAGAUGGUGAAGAAGGAAAGAAACAUUGUUGUGAACAGGGAAGCGGAGAGUACGAAAUACUAGAAUUUGGAUUGUAG